UUCAUUGCGAAUAGUUUAGAUGAAUUAUGCUUUGGUCUGAGACUUUCUACAGGUUUCUAUAAAACAGAAAUGUUUCACUUAUAAAGAUGAUAGAAAGCAUAAGGGGUAUCUAAAAAUCCAGAGGAGAGGAAAGAAGAGGAAUAUGCAGGAACUCCUCAGGGGCCUGUGAUUAAAGAAUCGUUUUGCCUUUUACUCCAAUUGCUAAUUGUCCCUUGAGCUACUUUUCAGUGAUGCUCUGUUCUGCUGUUCAGUUUCUAUUCUUCUUGCUAGCCGUGUUGCCUUUGUGUUUUUUUUGUUUGUUUGUUUGGUUGGUUGUGUUGUUGUUUUUUAAUUUUCAGAAAUCAUUGGAAAAACUGGUGCGGGAAGAAAAUUACCACAUCUCACAGUGGUCUGCAUGGGUUCUAUUCAUAAAGCCCAGGUUGGGUGGGACUAUAUCUGCAUACAAGAUAGUGCCAGAUGAAAUAGAAGAAAUCAAGGAGACGCUGAUAGAUUGGUGUGAUGAAAAGGAACUUAAUUUGAUUUUAACAACUGGAGGGACAGGAUUUGCACCACGAGAUGUCACCCCAGAGAAAUUCCCAACAUUCCCAUUAUGUGGGCUCCAGAGAGGGGCCACUAAAGAAGUAAUAGAGCGAGAAGCCCCAGGGAUGGCCCUUGCAAUGCUGAUGGGAUCACUUAAUGUAACUCCUCUGGGCAUGCUCUCUAGACCUGUAUGUGGAAUCAGAGGGAAAACCCUCAUAAUUAAUCUGCCAGGUAGCAAGAAAGGGUCACAGGAAUGCUUUCAGUUUAUACUGCCAGCCCUACCUCAUGCCAUUGAUCUUUUGCGGGACGCCAUUGUAAAAGUAAAGGAGGUACACGAUGAGCUAGAAGAUCUACCUUCACCACCACCUCCUCUUUCUCCUCCUCCAACCACCAGCCCUCACAAGCAGACAGAGGACAAAGGAGUACAGUGUGAGGAAGAGGAGGAAGAGAAGAAGGAUAGUGGAGUUGCAUCAACAGAGGACAGUUCCUCUUCACAUAUAACUGCAGCAGCCAUUGCAGCUAAGAAACAUCCAUCCUACACCAGUUCAGCAGUUAUUAUGGCAAAAGGUGAACAGCCCAUUCCUGGUCUCAUCAGUUAUUGCCAUCAUGCAGCAGGCAGUGCAGAAGAACCGAUUCCAGAUUCCAUCAUUUCUCGUGGUGUUCAGGUGCUCCCACGUGAUACAGCCUCACUCAGCACUACCCCUUCAGAAUCUCCUCGUGCCCAGGCCACCUCUCGUCUCUCCACUGCAUCCUGCCCAACACCAAAACAAAUUAGACGGCCGGAUGAAAGCAAAGGAGUUGCUAGUAGAGUUGGAUCCCUCAAACUCCAUCGAAAGCUGGAGGAGCUCAGAGAUCACCUAGAAGGCAAUGUCAAAGGAUGCUCUCUCCGAGCAAAUGCUCGGCUCCCUUCGUGCUCAUCCACCUAUAGUGUUUCUGAGCUCCACUAUAGGUUGGAAGGGCUUAAAGAUGAACUCAGGAGGAAUAGAGGCUACAACUCGAGAGUCCAGUCUAGGUGCAGCAGCAAGGAGAACAUCCUCCGAGCAAGUCACAGUGCUGUUGACAUUACCAAGGUAGCAAGAAGACACCGCAUGUCUCCGUUCCCAUUAACAUCUAUGGACAAAGCCUUCAUCACAGUUCUGGAGAUGACCCCAGUGCUUGGAACAGAAAUCAUUAAUUACAGAGAUGGAAUGGGCCGAGUCCUUGCUCAAGAUGUAUAUGCAAAAGAUAAUCUACCGCCGUUUCCAGCAUCUGUAAAAGAUGGCUACGCUGUCAGAGCUGCAGAUGGUCCAGGGGAUCGAUUCAUCAUUGGGGAAUCCCAGGCUGGAGAGCAGCCAACUCAAACUGUAAUGCCAGGUCAGGUAAUGCGAGUUACAACCGGUGCUCCAAUCCCUUGUGGUGCUGAUGCAGUGGUGCAAGUGGAAGAUACAGAACUCAUCAGGGAAUCAGAUGAUGGCACUGAAGAGUUAGAAGUUCGAAUCCUGGUGCAAGCCCGACCGGGCCAAGAUAUCAGACCUAUAGGACAUGACAUUAAAAGAGGUGAAUGUGUGCUGGCUAAAGGAACUCACAUGGGUCCAUCUGAGAUUGGUCUCUUAGCCACUGUUGGAGUAACUGAAGUAGAAGUUAACAAGUUUCCAGUGGUUGCAGUCAUGUCAACAGGGAAUGAGCUACUGAAUCCUGAAGAUGAUCUCUUGCCAGGAAAGAUUCGAGACAGUAACCGCUCAACUCUCCUAGCUACUAUCCAGGAACAUGGCUAUCCAACAAUCAACUUGGGAAUUGUGGGAGAUAACCCAGAUGAUUUACUGAAUGCACUGAAUGAAGGUAUCAGCCGUGCUGAUGUGAUCAUUACAUCAGGAGGAGUGUCUAUGGGAGAAAAGGACUAUCUUAAACAGGUGCUGGAUAUUGAUCUUCAUGCACAGAUUCACUUUGGCAGAGUUUUUAUGAAACCAGGCCUGCCAACAACUUUUGCAACUCUGGAUAUUGAUGGUGUAAGAAAAAUAAUCUUUGCACUCCCAGGCAAUCCUGUGUCAGCUGUUGUCACCUGCAAUCUCUUUGUUGUUCCUGCACUGAGGAAAAUGCAGGGUAUCCUGGAUCCUCGGCCCACCAUUAUCAAAGCCAGGUUAUCAUGUGAUGUAAAAUUGGACCCCCGCCCAGAAUACCAUCGGUGCAUACUGACUUGGCAUCACCAAGAACCACUACCUUGGGCACAGAGUACAGGGAAUCAGAUGAGCAGCCGUCUGAUGAGUAUGCGCAGUGCCAAUGGACUGUUGAUGCUACCUCCAAAGACAGAGCAGUAUGUGGAGCUUCACAAGGGGGAGGUGGUGGAUGUCAUGGUCAUUGGAAGGCUAUGAUGUCACCAGCAAGAGCGAAGCUUUGAUGCAUGUCCACAUAUCAUUGACUGUAUCCUGUAAUAUGCAACGGCACAGCUAGUUUUUCUGAUUUGGAUAAAAGUUGAUCAGUAUAGUCAACAUCUUGAAUUAUAUUUCAAAUGGAAUUUAAAUAAAUACCUUUUAAAAAAAAAAAAAACUUUAAAAAGAAAUCUUAACAAAGAAAUUUAUUCUGAUUAUAUCAAAGCAACUUUUUCCUUUCCUUGCAAUUGCUUUGUGUGUUCAAUGCUAGUUCUAAUAGCGGUAGCUUUUAGUAGACAGCAGUAGGUGCCUGCAGAACUUGUGUUUUUUCUCAUCUUUAAGAUACAACUACUUAUGCGCUUAAAACAAGGCUGUCUGCUUAUUUAUACUAGCGUAGACGACACUUGGAUUUCCCUUAUCAGUAUGCUUCAUAACCGCUUCACAGAGAGCUUCUGCUUGUUCUUUAUCUUGUAUCUCGUGUUGAUGUGCACAGUGCCAAAAGCAGAGUGGCUGCACUGGGAAUCCAAUGAAGCCCCGAGGUUUCCUCACCUCGCUGUGCAUUCAGGGAUCUCUCUUGUCCCAGCAGCCACCCAGCUCAGUACUCUUGGGCAGUAACUGGAUACCUUUUAUUUCAGCAAUCAAAAAAUUGCUUCCUUAAGUGCUGACAGCCUUUUUAACCAAUACAUUUAAAAAUGUACAGAACUAAAAACAAAAAAAAAAAAAAAAAAAAAAAAAAAUCAAA